CUUCCAUCUCCCUGUAUGAUAUUAUUAGCUAAUAGAGGCGAUAUUGCAUGUAGAAUUAUUAGAACUGCCAAAAGAUUCGGGAUUCGAACUGUCUCCGUCUACAGCGAUGCCGAUAAGUAUAAUCUGCAUGUGAAAUCCGCCGACGAGGCCGUCCGCAUUGGCCCUCCGCCGGCAUGUCUGAGCUACUUGAAUGAUUCAUCCAUUAUUGAAGCUGCAGCUCGUACUGGAUCUCAGGAAUUUUAUACGGGUGCAUACAUUGGUGGAAGAUUGACAGAAAUGCAUAAGCUUGCUGAUAAAUUGCUUUUCGAAUCAUUCCUUUCAUGAAAGCAAUGAUUUGAAAAGCAAUUUAUCGGCAAGCCUUAUGUUUGUAUGUUGGUCUAAAAGAAAGCUCACCGUCCAGUACUCCAGUGUGCCAGAAGAGUUGAUUGUUGAGUAGCGUGUGUAAAUCGAGGAAGAUGAAGUGAACGUCUAAGAGCCUUGGCACUGAGCUACCUACUACCUAGCUGUGAGGAUGGGGUGAGAGCACGACCGCACCAGGCCAGUGGAGAGGCACCAGACUGAAAGUAUGAUUUUAUCUCUAACAUGUAUAGGUUGAUUGUACUCAAUUUAGGAUCAGGAUACGGUAAGACCUGAAUAUUUAUGUUUGUGAAAUAAAGGCAUCUGUGAAAUAGAGGUAUUUGGAUGAGUAAUUUGCCCCCAAUUAUACAUUUAUACUUGUUGCUGCAUCAAGAAGAAUUAUGGCAGAUGAUAUGUAGA